GAAGCAAAGAGUAAUGCCUCCUCCUCCUCAUCCAUUUCAUCAUUCAAAUUCAAACCAUUUCUUCUUCUUCUUCUUCUGUUGUUUAAAUCCCUCUUCUUCUUCAAUCAUGGUGGUUCAAUCCCAACUUGUGUUCGACCAUUUUGCUCCCAUCAAAUCCUGCAAACGCACUGCUCUGUUCACCGGAAUUCCGGUGAUCGAUCUUAAAGACCCAGAAGCCAAAACCCACAUCGUCAAAGCCUGUGAGGAUUUCGGUUUCUUCAAGGUCGCCAACCAUGGCGUCUCCGACGACCUCAUCGGCGCUCUCGAAGCCCAAGCUCUGAAAUUCUUCCAUCUCCCUCAAUCGGAGAAGGAAAAAGCAGGGCCACCCGACCCCUUUGGAUAUGGCAGCAAGAGAAUUGGCCCAAACGGCGAUGUGGGUUGGAUUGAAUAUGUUCUCCUCAAUACCAAUCCUCAACUCAUUUCCGAAAAAUCCUUCUCCAUUUUCCGGGAAAAUCCCGAGAUUUUCCGGUGUUUGGUGGAGGAAUAUAUAUUGGCUGUGAAGGAGAUGGCUUGUGAAGUGCUGGAAGUUAUGGCAGAAGGGCUGAGGAUUGAGAAAAGUGCUUUGAGCAGGCUGUUGAAAGAUGAAAGGAGUGAUUGUUGUUUCAGGCUAAACCAUUAUCCGCCAUGCCCGGAGCUUGAAGCUUUGAGUGGCAGGAAUUUGAUAGGGUUUGGGGAACAUACAGACCCACAAAUCAUAUCUGUCUUGAGAUCAAAUAACACUACUGGACUUCAUAUCUGUUUGAGAGAUGGAAAUUGGGUUUCAGUUCCUCCUGAUCACACUUCCUUUUUCAUCAAUGUGGGUGAUUCAUUACAGGUAAUGACUAAUGGGAGGUUUAAGAGUGUAAAGCACAAGGUUUUAGCUGAUCCAAUAAAAUCAAGGUUUUCAAUGAUCUACUUUGGUGGACCACCUUUGAAUGAAAAGAUUGCACCUUUACCAUCACUAUUGGAAGAUGGAGAGCAAAGUUUGUACAGAGAAUUCACUUGGUGGGAUUACAAAAACUCUGCUUAUAAAUCAAGACUUGCUGAUUGUAGGUUAGGCCCUUUUGAGAUAAAAAACCUCACCCCUUUGUUGACCUGAAAAUCCCCCACAAGAAAAAUACUUCCUUUUCAAAAUUAUGUCACAAUGCCAAAGAAAUAGAAACAAAAAAGAGAGAGAGGGUCCUUUUGGGAUACUUUGAAAAUAUGUGAAAUUCUUGUGUCAUUUCCCUAUUGUUCUUCUAUGUGCUUAUGGUUUGGAGAGAGCAAAAGACAGAGAGAGAGAGGGAAAAAAGGUGUAUAAUUCAUAAUCACAUGAUAAAAUAAUGGAUAAAUAAUAGGGGAAUAUUUGGCUUAAAAAAGGAAAAAAAAAAUGUUUAAAUUAGAUCAUAUGUGUAAGGUAGAGAUAGAGAUGGGAGGGAUUUGGCAAGGCUAGGAAACAAAUAGAAUAGGUUUGUUUUUGUUUCUCACAAUGUUCUUUUAUUUUGUUAAAUAUUUUUGCUUUUGGGUUUAAAUGUAUGAGUAAGGACAACCACUUUCCACCCUCCAAUCCCAUUAGUACAUUUGUCAUCACCAUCAUCAUCAUCAUGUCACCAUGUGCAAAUGACACCCUCAUGUAUUUUUCCCCAAAAUACCCCUCACUUGCAAGUAUACUUAGUCACAUAACUCCCCCCUUACCAUCUUGUACCAAAGCUUGUGGAUUCUAGUGUUAUAUAUGCUUCUCACAAUUUCCCAUA